UUAUUACGUUUCUUGGUGGUAGACCAGACAAAUGCACAAUUCACAUGUCAUUCAAACGAGGGACAAUAUAUCUGCAACUUUACUUCCUCCGGAAAAAAUAACGGGAACGGAAUAAUACACCUGCGGCAGAUGAAAACGAUUUCAUAACUAGUUCAAUCUGAUAUUGACGCGAAAUAGGUUUGCACGUGUUGACACGGGACCCUUAAGGCGAGAACGACGAAGUUCGUGGUUGCGCGCGUGCUCUCCGAGGACCAGCCAUCGCUAAGGCAGACGUUUUUUCUCAAUCUGUCGGUACUAAACUGUUUUAGUUGUCAUAGCUGGGUGACAAUAUGUCGAGUUCAUAUCUUCUGCAAGGGUAACGCCCAAUUCUUUGUAUUUGGUCAAAGUUACCAUGGGCGCGCCAUCCAAAAUUAAUUCUGGAUUUAAAUAACACUGCCUGCCUCUUAACUUCAAUAACAUGACCUUUGAUUGUGAGCUAUUAAUUGUUCGAAAGUUAUUACGCGAUCAACCCGACAAAUUGCAAAGGAUACUGCGAGAUCUCUGUAACAGAUCAAGAUUUUUUUUUUAUUUUUUUUUCUGCUUAUCUUGAAUCGUCUUGUCUCGGUCGUGUUUCGUUUGAAAAAAUUGUGGGAUUUGCGUACAAGCUUCCUGCCGGAACCCCCCCCCCCCCCCCCGAGGAUUUGGCAGCUUGCGUGAUACAUGAUUCUAUGGAAAACUGUUGCGACUAGUACUAUGUACCAAUGUCUGCCUACGUAAAGCAGUCCAAGGAUGGCUUGGCUCCGAGACAAAAUGGCGGUGUGGAGCCGACAGCAACGAGUGCCUCCGAUCACGGCUCGGAAAAGCCAGAGCCGCAGCCAGUGGCAGCACAUACAGCACAGCUCCGACUAUCAGUCCCAGAGCGUAGACGCGCCAGGCUCGAGUCUGAGCCUGCUGCAGCAGCAGCAGCGAUGGGUGUGGACAGAAGCAGCCCCGACAAGGCCGAGGACAUCUUGAGAGAGAACUUUGCACUCCUUGUCCAGCAACACAACCAGCUCCAGGUGAAGUGCGGCCGGCUGCAGGCGCUCCUGGCGGAGCGUGAGUCUCUCAAGGAGCAGCAGCAGCUGGUUCCCAAGGGUCCUCUGGCACCCAUCCCUAUGGAAAAGGCUGACUCUCAGAACGGGGAGCUGUCUCCAUGUGUGCGUGACUCCCAGCACCUGGAGAUCCAGAAGCUGCAGCAGGAGCUAUACAGGGUCUUCGAUGAAAUCAUGGAUGGCCAGGAAGUUGCUGGUAACGAGCACUCGCCUGCCUUUGCGCCACCCUUGCCACCACACGAGGACUGCCUCAUAUACUCGCCAUUGCCGCCACUGGAUGCCUCCUUUAUCAGUGGAGACUCCAAACCAGGCUCCAGUUACAGCGCGCCCGCCGAUGAACUUCCAUUGAUGAGCGCCUCGGCCGAGCACAGCUCUCUCGUGCACACCAUGCUGCAGACAGCCGCAGGCUCCCAACUGUUGGAAGGGGCCAAUGGCUCCACCGAAGGGGCCGCACGGGCCAUCAAUGGCUCCACGGUGGAUGUGGCAAGUCAUGAGUCUGCAAGGAGCCCCGCUGUGUCUCAUACCAAUGGUUUUCAUGCAGAUGAUGGUGCAUUCACAUUCAGUGGACACGGCAGCACCGCCGUGACGAUGUCGCCUGACGUGCCGCUGUUCAUGCAGGUUCUCUGCGCAUGCCUUAGUCUCAUCGCUGGAGGCGCUGCGAAACCCUUCGACGCUGGAAACAUCAAGCUUCGCUACGAUGCUGGCCAGCCGCGACACUUCUGCGCAGGCGGAUACUUCGGCCAGUUUGCUGACCUCACCAGUAUCCAGGGGCAUCGACACGUGAAUGGUCUUUUCGACUCACCAUCUGGGGGCACGAUGACGUCAGGACGCAUGCCCAGAAGGGAUCAGCUGUAUGCUAUAAAAGCAUGCCCUUCGCCUACCAGCUUCAGUGGACACGGCAGCACCGCCGUGACGAUGUCGCCUGACGUGCCGCUGUUCAUGCAGGUUGGUGACCGAAAAAAUGGCUUCCGUAGUGAUGUUCUUGGUCUUAUAGUGCUGCCGUGUCCACAGGCUGUCGUUGACUGUAUAAGCGACUGUUUUUCUAUUGCGGCCCUGUUGUUGAGUCUCUCUGGGGACGUGGAGAAAAAUCCAGGUCCAAUAACAGAAGUAAUGUGCAGGGAAAUGCUCCAAAACCAGAAAGACAUUUUGUCUAAACUCACUGCGGUUCAAGACAAGCAAGACUCGUUUGAAACAAGAAUCCUAGACAUGCAGAGUCGGAUUCUCCUUAUCGAGAUGAUGAUGGCACACUUCCGUACUUUCGUGACACCUCUGACCGCCCUUCAGCAUCUGACCUUCUCAUCAACGAGGCACGAGUCCUGA